CGUCAUCUGUGUUUUCUUUGGAGAACGGAGAGCUCGUCUUGUAAUCGAUUUAUUUCACAGAUUUAUUUAAUUAUUUGCUUUGUUUGAUACAGCAAACUAAAGCUUUGUUAAAAUACGAAAACAAACACUGCGUAUACGAUAGUUACUGGUAUUGCAAAAAUGAUAGUGAAUCAAAAGUUUCAUGAAUGAGUAACACCUGCAGUGACACCGAAGAAGUGACCGAGCACACAGCACUGAUGGACGGGCACAUCGCAGAAGCUCGCCCGGACAGGGAGAUCGCUGAACGUAUAGCAAGGAAAAGGAAAACCAAAUCUGAACAUCAGCAGCGAUCAUAUGGGAGUGUGGAACAAACUGAAGGCGGAAGCUCAAAUGUUCCGAACCCAUCGGGGCCCAGUGCAGCCCCAGCAGCCCCUUCUGUGGAGUCUCAAAUUGAAGAACUAGAACUGAAAUAUGGUGCACGCCAUGUCAUCAAACUGUUUGUGCCGGUCACUUUAUGCAUGAUUGUUGUUGUUGCUACAAUAUCAUCAAUUAACUUUUACACAGUUAAAGAUGUGUAUUUGGCAUACACUCCGUUCCAUGAGGAGAGUCCAUAUGCGGUGACGAAGGUGUGGAAUGCUCUGGCCAACUCCAUGAUCCUGCUGAGUGUGAUAGCUCUCAUGACGGUGCUGCUCAUCGUGCUGUACAAGAAGAGAUGCUACAACAUCAUACAUGGCUGGCUGAUACUCUCAUCACUGAUGUUGUUGUUCUUAUUCUCCUAUCUAUACAUUGAGGAGGCACUAAGGGCUUACAACAUCCCCAUGGACUACAUAACGCUGAUGUUUGUGAUGUGGAACUUCGGCGUGGUGGGCAUGAUCGUGAUCCACUGGAAGGGCCCGCUGCGCUUGCAGCAGGCGUACCUGAUCUUCAUCGCCGCGCUCAUGGCGCUCGUCUUCAUCAAGUACCUGCCCGAGUGGACCACGUGGGCUGUGCUCGCGGUUAUAUCUAUAUGGGAUUUGGUGGCAGUGUUAACACCUAAAGGCCCACUCAGAAUAUUAGUCGAGACUGCUCAAGAGAGGAACGAACCGAUAUUUCCAGCUCUAAUUUAUUCAUCGACGGUGAUGUAUUGCCUGGCGGCGACGGGCCCCGGCGCGGCGGGCGAAGGUGAGCCGCGAGAACUCCGCCCCCUCAACCCCUACGGAAACCGCCAACCCGAGCCCGAGAACCGGCGGCUAUCAGGCGGCGACGCGGGCUUCGACGCGGAGUGGCGCGCGCGCGCAGACUCGCACGCGCCCUCCACCGCCACCGCCGCCACCGUCACCGCCACCGCAGCCACCGCCACCGCCACCGCGCCCGUCCCGCAGCGACUGCGCGUCGACGGCACCGCGCCCGCGCACUACACCACGCGCCUCGAGCGCCCGCCGCCGCCCGCGCCCGACCAGGACGAGGAGAAGGGUGUCAAACUCGGUCUUGGCGAUUUCAUAUUCUACAGCGUCCUUGUGGGCAAAGCGAGUUCCUACGGUGAUUGGAAUACGACACUCGCUUGUUUUGUGGCUAUUUUGAUUGGAUUGUGCCUUACUCUGCUUCUGCUGGCGAUCCUCAAGAAGGCAUUACCAGCGCUGCCCAUCUCCAUCACAUUCGGGCUUAUCUUCUACUUCGCGACACGCUGCGUCGUCAAGCCCUUCGCCGACGCGCUCGCAGCAGAACAGGUGUUCAUUUAGCCACCCCCAUCUUUUACCUACUUGGACAAAGUAUUACGAGUCGAAUACAAUUAGGAAAACCCUACAGAACCAAUUGUCUCUAUGUUCAAAAUAAUUUUACCCUGAAUGUCCCAAGCUAUGACGGAAUUAAGUAACUUUUUACUCAACUAUGCUUUCUGAAAGAACUUAUUAUUUACGAAUGUAAAACUUAACAAUUUUAACUAAAUUCGAUUCAUAUUCAGUGAGAAAUGCAGUUUGUAACAAUAAAAAUAAGUUCGAGUUGUAAAUUAUUAUUACACGUAAUUGAAAGUAUGCUUGACUGAUUUUGUGUUAUUGAAAGUAAGAUCUCUGAGGUUAGCCAAUUAAUUUAACUACUAUACUAAUAUUAAGGAUCUAUGUAGAUUAUAGACAUUUUCAUUUCCAAUGCAAUCCAUUUGGUUAGAAACAUGACAAAAAUACAUAAAGCGUGUCAUGUCAACAUGGUAAUGUAUUGUGUAGGUAGAAGUAAAAUAUCAAAAUAGGUCACAAUAAUUACUUGUCUUUCGAUUGUCGACUCUGCAAAUACGGCAAACUGCGGCGAUAAGCUGUCGAAAUCUACUUUUACUAACUAGUAUGCCUUUCGUUCGAUCUUCUUACGUAAUAAUCGAUUUAUUACAAAAAGUAGUAGCCGAUUCGCAGCUCAGUCCGUAGACAAUAAUAAUAAUACAGCCAACUUGUAAGACAAGCCUUAUAAUGUUAAAUUAACUAGUAACGUAUUAACAACCAAUGUGUUGUUAACACAAAAAUAAAUUAUACCUAGACAUUCCGUAUUCUGUAAGGUCUUGUUUAGGAUUGUAAUUUUGUAAACUGCUAAGCGUAAAUAGUGAAAAUUGCAAUAGCU